GUGAGUUCAUCAUGUGGACUUAAUUCGGUGCAGAGCGCCCCAGGAUGAAGUGUGGAGCUUUCCUUCACGAACUGCUGAGGCGCACGCCAUGCAUGUGACGGUAGGAUCGGAUCAAGCUGAGAUGUCCUUCUUCAGGACCUUGCUCUGAAUCGCGCUGAAGACUCUGCUUCAUUCUGAUCAGUGCAUGUGAGCAACGACACGUCUCAAAAAUGCACUACAGACCAGUUUGGUGACAGCUGAGCGGGCAGGCCCCAGCUUCUUUGUCGUUUCUUUUUGUUGUCUGGAGUCGUUAAAAGUGAAGAUUGCACAAGUAUGACUGCUUCGAACAGCAGAUGUGGGGUUGUAAUUGAGCGCAGAUGGAAUUAGGGUUCUGUAUGGAGAGCAUCAUAUUUGAGUGAAUAGCAACAGCAACACGUUUUAAAGCCUGCUUCUAAGACUGAUCAAUCUCGGAUCUCCCUAGGGGGGCUACCACCCUGUUAGAAUCACCGCCAGCUCAGCAGCUGAUCUGCUGAUAACACCAUCAUGUCGUUGGACGCGUGCCUCGCGCUGUGUGUCAACUCCACAGCCUGCCUUGAGGACUGCCUCCUUGACGCUGGAUGGACGGCUCCUUCACCAGACCUGGGUUGGGUUUUGGACGGGUUCCUGUCAACCAUUCUGGUGGUGCUGAGUGCCAUAUUUUCGGGACUGACGCUCGGCCUGAUGAGCUUAGACAAGCUGGGGCUGCAGAUCCUGCAAGAAGGGGGGGACCCUGCUGAGAGGAGGCACGCUCGCGCCAUCGCCCCCAUUCGAGAAAAGGGAAACCUCCUGCUGUGCACGCUGCUGCUCGGGAACGUCACGGUUAACAGCCUGUUAGCCAUAACCAUGGCCCGGGUUACCAACGGCCUCGUCGGCUUCCUGGCAUCUACCGCUCUCAUUCUUCUUCUGGGAGAGAUCCUGCCUCAGGCCAUAUGCUCCCGGCACGGCCUGGCUAUCGGGGCCCAUACCCUAUGGGUCGUUAAGGUGUUCAUAUUCCUCUUCUACCCGAUCGCUUGGCCAAUUUCGAAGCUGCUGGAUAAGAUGCUGGGGCGUGAGAUGGGCAUGGUGUACAGCAGGGAGGAGAUCCAGAAGCUGAUCGAGCUGCACGUGACCAACCCCGAGGCGCAGCUCGAGUCGGGGCUGACCAAGGACGACCACCGGAUGCUCAUCGGCGUGAUGGAGUACAAGAAGCGACGCGUGCGGGAAGUCAUGACCGAGCUGGACAACGUGUACAUGCUCGACUGCAAGCGCCGCCUCGACUUCUCCACGCUCUUCGAGAUCUACAAGUCCGGUUUCACGCGCAUUCCCGUGUUCGACACCACCCAUCACAACGUGAUUGGCAUCCUGUACGCAAAGGACUUGAUCCUGGUCGACCCGCAAGACCAAGUCGAGAUCCGCACAAUCCUGUCCUUCCACGGGGGGGAGGUCAAGAAAGUUAACGAGGACACGACGCUCGACUACGUUCUGAACGAGUUCAAGACGUCCAACAGCCACAUGCUCUUCGCCACGCGCCUCGUCUCGCAAGCGGUGGACGACGCCCCGGGCUCUCCCGGGGGCUACUGGAGCCGGGCCUGCACCGUGGAGCAACUGACCGGGAUCAUCACCCUGGAGGACGUCAUCGAAGAGAUCAUACGCGAUGAGAUCGUGGACGAAACGGACAUGGCGGUGGAUGCCAACCGUCCGAAGCAAAAGGACCGGCGCACAAGCGCGCGGGCGAGCUUGCAGGGGUAUCUGAACCUGUACGAGCACGACCACCGGUUAACCAAGGAGCAGCACACACUGUCCGCGCCCGAGGUGCAAGCCGUCACCGCGUUCCUGCACCUCAACGUGGACGAGUUCAAGCUGCUCCCCGCGGAGACGGUGCUCAAGGGGCUCGUCUUUAGAGCCACCCUCAUCGAGCGCCACGACAAAGAGAGCGAAGUACCCGUGUCCCCAGAGAGUCAGGACAAGCACAUGGUGUACCGCCGCGGCAUGCCGGCGCCGUUCUUCACGCUGGUGAUCGCCGGCAAGCUGCUGAUUCGAGCGGGAAAAGAGGGCUUCGAAUCGGAGAUGGGGCCUUGGACGAGCCUCGGGGAGGCGGCGCUGCGGAAAGAUGAUUACGUCCCGGAUUAUUCGGCGAUCAUCGCGGGGCACUGUCGACUGCUGCAGAUCUACCGGCGGGACUACUUGGCAGCGAUGCGCCUGGCGCAGCCGGAGAUGAUCACAGCAUCGCGUCAGCUGAAGCAGGCGAUCGUCGACAUGGAGUACGAGAACGAGUCGCGACAAAACAGCCCGCUUUUGGUGAACCACCGUCGAAUCGACGAGAACGAAGAGCCCCGCACCCCCCUGCUGAUGGACAUCGACAGCAGCCGCGCAGAGCCGGACGGCCUUUCGCCCGAGAUGCGCGCUCUCAACCGGCUGACGUCACUGGGCAGCGCCAACUGGGGCCGGCUGGAGCAGGAGGCGCAGGGGCGGGGCGUCAUCAUACGCUUUGACAACAUGCGGUAUAAGCAGGAGACGACCGUCAGCAUUUACACCAGGGACCAUCAAGCGCUGCUCGCGAAGGUGACGGACGCCUUCACGUCGAUCGGGCUGCGCGUGCGGAGCGCCAAGAUCUACACGGAGGGGGACAAAGCGCUGGACGUCUUUGGGGUCGUUGGAGAGUCGGGGGAACAGGUACCGGAGGAUCAGUUUGACUUUGUGAGGCAGCACCUGCUGUCACGCGUUUUCGAAACUAACUAGAGUGGGAGGCGCCGGGGGUGGAGCAACUAGGGUAGGGAGGACGGGAGGAACUAGUGAGGGGAACAGGUGCCGGAGGACCAGUUUGGCUUCGUGAGGCAGCACCUGCUGUCACACGUUUUCGAGGAUAAGUAGAGUGGGGAGAACGUGGGGACGGUGGAGAUUGGGGGAACGGU